UUGUGGCUUCCGAGGCUCCGCCCCUGGCAGAGGGACUCCGAGCAGUUGCUAAGAGACACCGUACGCCGAACGGGGCCACUGCGCAUGCGGAAGGAGGAGACUAGUUUGCACUCUCCGUGAACUACGGUGCCCCGGAGGGGGCAGGUGAUCUCUCUCUGGCGGUGCCAAAGCGGGGUGGCCUUAGCCAGGUCUCUGGCAGGUAACCGGGAGUCGCUGCUGAUCUCAGAGGCAGGCGAGGCGAGUGUGCAGACCGGUCCCGGACUUAAGGUUGGAGAGGCUGCAAGAGGCGUGAAGGUGCCCUGUACCGCAGCCGCUUCUCGGAGGCGAGUGCCGGGUCCUUCUGCGCGUCUGUCGGUCCCUGCGGCCCCACUAGCGACCAGACUGGGGAUGCCUCACCUGGCGUGCAAGAGAGGGCUCUUUUAUGAAGGUGAUACCGGUUCAAGGGCUUCGCUGCAAGGAUAGCGACUUUCACAGAUUUGUAUGAAUGAAGGUUUUACUGAAGACACAUCUUAGAAAGUCAUCGUAUUCCCAAUGUUCUUAUAUGAUACAUUUUUGAAAUCAAAAUGAAAGCUUUCUGUGAAGUUUUAGAACAGUUAUACAAGAAGGUACUUCUUGGAGCUUCACUUGAAAAUGACAGUCAUGAUUACAUCUUUUAUCUCAACCCAACAUUUCCAGACCAAGAUUUCUCUACAGUGACCUCCUUAGAGUGGUCAAACACCCAAGGUUCCCAGGAUACUCAUCAACCAUGCUCUGUCAAUUUGGCUGCCAUUUCUGUAGCACCAGUGUGUUUGAAGACAUCCUCUUGGAUGAGCAGUACCCGAGAAAUAACACUGCUUCAGUUAACAGUGAUCAAAGUGAUGAUCACCAGAAUAUUGUCUACUGAAACUGAGUUCCAUGCAAAGGAGAAAUACAGAGUUGUGAUUAAAAUUCUCUUAAGAUCAUCUGAGGUGGAUUCUAAAUUAAUCUGUAUGUUCCAAAAUUCGGAUAAAUUGUUAUCUCACAUGGCUGCAGAGUGUCUUGCAUUGCUUCUGUAUUUCCAGCUGAGGGAAAAGGUAACAUUAAGCAAUUCCUGGAUUACUUUUUGCCAAAAAAAUCUUUCUGAAUACUCUGAGAGUGAUAAGGUAGUAUACUGCCUCUGGACUCUUGCAGUUGUAAUAAAAGAAAUCUUUAAAGAUACAUGUUCAGAAAAAACAGAAAUUCUAAAGCAGUUCCUGACUCCUUUUAAUACUACUUUUGAAGUAUUUUACAAUUCCUUAUUUUCUCAGCGUUUUGAAAACUGCCAAGAAACUUCUAAAAUAAUAAACAGCUUGAUGUGUUUCCUGGAGUUGCUUGAACUUCUUAUAGCCUCCAGAGUCUACCUGAAGUUACAUUUCACUUGCCAGAGGAUUUUCUUUUUGAAACCUUCUUGUAUGCUAGAUGUUCUUACCUGGCCUACUCCAGCUUUCGUCAAAAGGAAGUUCAUUGUAUUCGUUAAAAAGUGCUUUCUCUGUAAAGUGGGUGAAGACCUCUUUCGUGGAUGUGUUCCUGUCUUAAGGCCACCAGAUCAUCUUUUAGAUGAGGACAUGCUGGCUGUAGCCAACGCUGUUUUGCAAGCUGUGAGUUUAGGGUGGUUGAGGACAUUGUCUGUUCGUGGAAAACCUUCCCGCUUUGGAGGCGAUGACAUUCAGCCUGGAUGUGAAAGUAACUCUGAACCAGAUCACGUGAUCCUUAGAGCAGCAACCUUAGUUUUAAUUAAAUCCUUAGAAAUCAAGUUUCAGAAUUGUACGUCACCAAAUGAAAUACAAGCUGAUUUACAGGGAUUCAUGUCUGAGUUACUGACCUUCCUAAAGCCUCAUCUCCAGCCCUCUCUGCAAUCACAUAGUCCAUGUCAGUGGCUAUCUGGGGUCUUCAUAGAACAGGAUGAUGACAUGCUGGAAGCUGCCAAAGCAUUGCUGGGCAUCUACCUAAGGCUGACCAGAGAAUGUCGUGAAGCUACUGAAAGCUCGGCCCAAGAAAAAGAAAUGUGGAAUCGUCACACCCAUGAAAAUGGCUAUAAUCCUCACUGCAUUUUCUUGUUCUUCUUAAAAAAUAUAAGAUUUGAUUCUACAGUUCUUCUUGAUUUUUUGAUUUCAUCAGAAACCUGUUUUCUUGAAUAUUUUGUUAGGUAUUUAAAACUGCUCCAGAAGGACUGGCAUAAUUUUUUUACCAUUUGCAAGUGCUUUGAUGCAGCUGAAUCAGAAGAUAGCAUAAGUAUUUGUGGUCAUAUCCCCUCCCCUGUCCAAGCCAGAAGCACCAACCAAACAGAACCACAUUAUUGGACUGCUCUUGAUAGUCACGUGGAUGCUUGUGCCUCGGCCUCCUGGGCUUCUGAUGCUUCUUCUGAACCCCUGAAGAGACAGCAUGACACCCAGGCCAUGAUGUCCAAGGAGACCCAUUCCAGGCUUCAGGUUGCUAGUCUGUCUUCCUCCCCUGCUUCUCAAAGUUUGGUAAAUUAUGACAGCUCUGAUGAUUCUGAGGUGGAAUCCACAGACCAGUGCUUAGCAAACAGUAAGCAGACAUCUUUACACCAAGAAGCAAUUAAGAAGAUUCAGGACACAUCUGGAACAAGUAGGGGUGAAACAGAGCUAACCCUAGGCCUUCAAUCAAGGCCUUUGGUUCCAGAAGAACCUAAUUCUUCCUUCUCCAUUGAUUGCGAAGUAGCCCUAAAUAGCAUUGUCUCUGAAGUGGGGAUAUCUUACAGAACAGUUAAAUGCUUUGAAGAGCUACAAGGUGCCAUUUACCGUUUGCAGAAGAAAAAUCUUUUCCCAUAUAAUCCAACAGCACUUCUGAAGUUGCUAAAACCUAUUGAGGCAAAAUAUAAGAGUAUGAGCCCUUUGUAAAACAGUAGCAUUGUACUUCCAGGAACUAUUUUCACUUAAUGUACAGCUUGCCUCAGUAAGAUAAUAGUUUUAAAAAACCUGCUCAAAGAGUUUUUUUCUUAAAUCUUUUUGCCUACAGAAAGAUGCAUCAGAUGACAGUCACUUGGUAACAAGUGUACACCACUUGAAGUUCAUGGUUGUUCAAACUUACACAAAAUUUGAGAUGGUUAGUAUCCUCCCCCCCCUCCCCGAGGUAUUUAAAUGUGAUGUGAUGUGUAAAAAAAAUUUAAGAUCCUGGUAGUUUUUUUAAGAGAGUUUUUCUAUGAACAUGGGUGCUUUUUUUUUUUAUGUAAAUCACUAGGUAAUUUUCCUAUUUAGAUAUUUUAUAUGGAUAAUUAUCUUUUUGAGGGGAGGCAGUAAACUCAAGUUUUGCUGUGUUUAUUGGGUUUGUGUCGCAUGAAUAGCAAUGCUGUUGUUCUGCUAAAUCUAUCAUUAAAGCAAUCUGAAAUGCUGUCCUUAAAAAGUAUUUUUUUAAUGAUCCUUUUGUAGAGAAAUAAAAGAACUAAACCUGUCAAACUUUAAAAUAUAUUUCAAGGCUAUGGUAAUCAAAACAGUUUAGUCCUCACAUAGAAAUGGAAAGAUCAGUGGAAUGGAAUAGAGAAUUGCUGAUUAAAAUAACAGUGAAUGACUGUGUUAACCAAAUAGAAAUACAAAAGUUAAAAAGUUUGGUAAUACACACUGUUGGUAGACAUAUAUACUGGGGAAGUUUCUACCAUAAUUUAAAAAGCACAUAUUCCUUGGUGCAAAAUUCCACUUAGAGGAAUAUUCCCACAUGAGCACGAAGAAUGUAAAUUGAAAGAUCUUCAGUGCCACAGUGUAAAAGCAAAAGAGUAGAAAUAUUUGGUUACAUAAAUGAUAAUUUAUUUACCCAGUAGAAUACUGUAUAGCUGUGAAAUGAAUAAGAUGUAUCCAUGUUUGUGGAUAUGAAACAAUCUUCAGUAAAAAACAAAAAGUGGAUACAAUGGACUCCCAUUUGUUUAAGAAAAGAUGGGGGCGGUGCAUACGAGAAAUACAUACAUAGGCUCACACAUUCAUAUACUUACAUGGUGCUUUUUUCCCUAUUUUUAUUGUAGAAAUACAGAUAACACAGUAUUUGCCAAUUCAGCAUCUUCACAGGUACAAUUAAGUGACACCAGUUGCAUCAGUCAUGUAAUACAUAUGCUUUUAUGUGUGCCUAAAAUAUGUACAGAAGAAUAUUUAAGAAACUCCUAUCUAAUGGUUACCUUGAGAGACAGUCUGAAGAUUUGACUUUGCAUUUAUACAGUCUUCCCUGGGUAUCCCCAGGGGACUGGUUUCAGGCCCCCCCCUACCGGUACCAAAAUCCAAGGAUGCUCAAGUCUUAUAUAAAAUGGUAUAUAUAACCUACCACACAUCCUCCCUAUACUUUAAAUCACCUCUAGAUUACUUAUAAUACCUAAAACCCAUUGCCGUUGAGUCAAUUCCAACUCAUAGCAACCC